AUGUAUGCGCUCGGGUCUGUUGGUGGCUCGCUGAGCAUUAUCGCCUGGGGCGCGUUCAACACCUAUGCAUCCAUUAUCCUGGGCGAAUUCCGCACGAAGCAUCCUGGCUGUCAUUCUAUCGCCGAUAUGGCCGAGGUCGUCGGAGGGACGAUUCUCAAAGAAGUCACCGGCUUUCUCUUCAUCGUCGCCUAUGUCCUCUGCGCUGGAGCUGGCAUCAUUGGGGUUGCAACCGGCCUUAACGUGCUCUCGCACCAUGCGGCCUGUACAGUCUGGUGGGCAUUUCUCGCUACUAUCGUCUGUGCGCUUACUGCGUCUGUUCGCAAGCUGGAACACGUCGGCUGGCUGACAUAUGCCGGGUUUGCCUCCAUCUACGUUGCCGUCCUGAUAGUCGUCGUCGGGGUCACACAACUUGAUCGACCUGCUGCCGCCCCGCAAGAGGGACCGUAUGACCUGGGCUAUCAUGCCAUUGCCAACCCAGGCUUUGCAGCUGGUAUGGUGGCCUCCAGUACGAUAUUCUACUCGUCUGCGGGAACCAGUGCCUUUCUGCCCGUGAUCAGCGAAAUGCGCAACCCGAAGGAUUACAAAAAAGCUCUCUACCUGUGCAUGAGCAUUGUUACUGGCUCAUACCUUUGUUUCAGCUUGGUAGUUUAUCGUUGGUGUGGGAAAUGGGUCGCAAGUCCUUCACUUGGUAGUGCUGGACAAACAGUCAAGAUGGUAGCAUACGGCAUUUCAUUGCUAGGUCUCAUCGUUAGCGCAUGUAUUUACCUUCAUGUAUCUGCGAAAUAUAUCUUCGUCCGCAUCCUUCGGAACUCUCGACAUCUCCAAUCGAACACUCCCAUACAUUGGAUUACUUGGAUUGGCUGCACCCUGGGCCUUUCAUCUAUUUCCUUCAUCUUUGCCGAGGCGAUCCCUAUCUUCAAUUACCUCAACGCUCUCACCGGUUCCAUCUGCUUCGCACCUCUUGGGAUGAUGCUUCCCGGUUGGUUUUGGCUCUACGACCAUAGUCAUUAUCGUGAGGGAACACAUCUACAAACGCUGUACUAUUGGUUGCAUUGGGGGAUGAUCUUACUCGGCGCUUUCUUCCUGGUCGGGGCGACUUACGGGGUGGUGCUCGAGAUCAAUGACGCUUAUGCAAAUGGAAUUAUCGGCUCUGCUUUUUCCUGCGCCGACAACUCUAAUUCUUCUUGA